GCAGACAGCACCGCGACAUCGACAGCACUGAGAGGCUCGAGGGAGCAAGGAGAGCACCGCGACGGCGAGAACGCGGCCCUCGCCGCGGAGCUCCUCGAAGCGCUCUGCGAGGAGCAGCAGCUCCGCGGCUUGUCGCAGAACGCCCAGGGCCGCUGGGUCGACGAGCGAGGGGCGGCGCAGGGCAGCCACCGCCAGGGCGCCGACGGACCUCGCCAGUUGAAAGAGAAGGAGCUUGCCACUUUGUAUAACCGCACCGCGUUCCCCUGGACGCUGACCCAGGACAGCGGAGGCGUGAGGGCCGCGAGGCGCGGGCGCAGUUUCCCCAGCGCCCGAUCGGGAACGGGGUGAGGUGGAGAGGGGCGAGCCCGCGCGGUGCCCGCCGCUCGGCGCGCUUUUGCCGUUGCGGCCCGCCGCCCGCCA